AUGAUUUCCAUCCCAGGGACUAACAUUUCAGAGAACUACAGCCUGACUAAUGACAGCAGCGAUUAUACUCUAUUUCAUAGCACCGCUGCUAAAGUCUGCGUCCUGUGCCUGCUCCUACCCAUUCCCAUCUUUGCCAUCAUGGGAAAUCUUUUCAUCAUGGCUGCAGUGGCACGUUUCCAAAGCCUCCGGACGCCCACCAAUGCUUUUGUGGUUUCCCUGGCAGUGGCAGACUUCCUGGUUGCAGUGCUGGUCAUGCCUUUCAGUCUGGUGCGUUCCAUCGACAGCUGGCACUUCGGCCGCAGCUUCUGCCGAGCACAUUUCUUACUGGACGUCACCUUCUGUACGUCCUCCAUUUUUAAUCUCAGCUGCGUGGCACUGGACCGAUACAUAGCAGUGUGUGACCCUCUGCACUACCCUGUCCGAAUGUCUCCCAGACGUGUAGCCAUGCUGCUGCUGCUCUGCUGGACUCUGCCUCUGGUCAUCUCCUCCCUUUGCGUCUCCCUCGGCAUGCACACCCAGUCACCUCCUGCAGUGUUGAGCAGCCGCACUCAGCAGGAUUUUCACACCUGUAUGGCCACAUUUAAUGUCCCAUACGCCUUCGCAACCUCGACCGUUUCCUUCUUCAUUCCCAUGGGCUUCAUGCUAUUUGCUUAUGGAAAAAUAUUCAUGGCAGCCCUGAAACAAGCAAGGUGGAUCCAUGCAGUGGAGCACCAUACUGGGCAGCUUCAGAUGAGCCUAAGCCCCAUGAGGACCGACUCCACCAGACGUGUCCAGGCCCACAUGGAAAGAUAUUCUCUGAAGAAGGAGAGAAAGGCUGCUAAGACACUGGGUCUGAUCAUGGGGGUCUUCCUGUUGUGUUGGCUUCCUUUCUUCUGUAUGAACGUGAUCAAUCCUCUGAAGGGCUACAGCAUCAACCCUUUGGUCCUGGAGGCUUCCCUGUGGCUUGGAUAUGCUAACUCCUCUCUGAACCCUAUCCUCUAUGCCUUGCUCAACAAGAAUUAUCGUCACGCGUUUGUAGCCAUGUUAGACUGUGGGAUUCUGAGUAGGAAGUUCAGAGCAGGUUUGGAUUCCUCACACUUUGGUAGGCACACACACACUGUUGUUACACUGGAGACCAUUUCAAGAUGA